ACCACUACGUUUUAGUGAAUACAAAUGCCAAGAAAUAAAAAAUAUUCAUUAAAUAUUGCUGGAUUAUAAGUGUAAGAUAGAUAUGAAUAGUAUAAAACUACAAAUUUAAACCUCUCAAACUUUUAAUACGUAAAAGAUCUGAGUUUUCUCCCUUCAGAAAGUGCUGUCGCUUCGCGACUAUUACACUAAGUUCUGUGUGAAAAGUAAUUAAAAAAUAAUAAAACUGGCCAUUACUGAUGAAUUAUCGAUAUUAUGACGGCAGCAACUGGACUUGAUUCACGUUGCGACAUGUAUCUCAGUCCUUCUUUGUGGAUGGGCAAUCUGGAUGAGGAUAUGAAUGAGCAGUUUAUCAAACAAGCAUUCCAGCACUAUGGCGAAAACGUUGUAAGCGUCAAGAUUAUGAAAAGCAAAAAUCCAGGCCAGACACCAUAUUGCUUUGUGGGUUUUGAAGAUGUUGAUCAAGCAAGACAUGCACUUCAUAGACUUAGCGGCAAAACUAUACCAAACACACAUCCGCCAAAACUUUUUAAACUUCACCCAGCAAGUUUUGGCAAAGAGCAGCAGCUUUUGCCAGAAUUUUCUUUGCACAUUGGAGACCUCACACCAGAAGUAGAUGACUAUAUCCUAUACACUGCUUUUGCCAAGAACUACAGAUCUGUAAGAGGAGCAAAAGUUGUCCUUGAUAGCACUGGCAAGAGCAAAGGUUUUGGUUUUGUAAGAUUUUCUGAAGAAAGUGACCAGCAAAAAGCCCUGGUUGAAAUGCAGCACAUGGCUGGCAUUGGUCGCCGUCCAAUCAAAGUUGGAUUGGCUGCGCCAAAACGAUAUGGAUCCCAUGGAUCUCAGACAUAUGACAAUUCAAAUUCCUCAUACACUGCAAGUGGGCAUGGUGGUGCUUACAUGUAUGCCCCUUAUUCUCACUACAGUGGGUAUUACAACUGGGGUAAUUACUACCACUAUGGUCAGCAUUACCAGAAUGCACAUCCACCAGCUCCUCUUGAUUAUUCGCCAGAACAGCCAGCUGCUGCUCAUGAUGAGGAUAUGGAAGUACUAGAAGAUCCAUGCCUGGAAGUGAAUGUAGCCAAAGAAAACAGAGAGUUCAUUGAAUCCAGUGAGUCUUUCUUUGAGGCAUUAGACCGAUCCAGGUGGUAUGGCGUGGACAACGUGAUGACAGAAAUUCUCGGAGUUUAGAAAAUAUUUCAACUGAAUAAAGAUUUUUGUCUCUGAAA